CAGAACCAAUUUACGUGACUAAAGCUGUCGUCCUCCGUUGUAAGAUGUAAGCAGACACUGAGACGCGAACCAGAGAGAAAAGACUUUUUCUCAGCUUGAACUGUUUGCAUCUCAGAAGACCAAAUCCUUCGGUAUCCUGAUACUUGGAGAACAUCGAAUAUAUCUACUCAUAUUUUUAGAAGAACUUGCCUAAGAAAAUGCUUGGAGAAGCCUUCCUAACAGAAUUCCUUUACAAAGAAGAGAAACAUGCAAAAUUUCAUAAGCCACUAAGAUGUAAGAAGACAUCAAAUGAUGAAAAGGAAAAUUGGGAAAAUAAAAUUUUAAAUAUACAGGACAAUUCACCUUCUGCUCUUAAGAUGGGAAAUCAAGAGAAAGUUAUAGAAGGAAGUCUAACUGAAGAAGGUGAUAAUACAUCUCAAAUGAAAUCUGUGGAUGAGCUACCUGUUGCAAAAUUCAAAAGUACACUUCUUCCAGGAAAUGUAUCCAUUGCAUUGCCCAUUCCAAAGAGGGGACAUGAUGACACACAACUGGAUUUAUAUCGGUCUUGGUCAUGUACAAGUAUUUGCCAGAAUUAUCCUGACCUACAGAUAGGAGGUGACCACGUUAGAAACAUGUAUGAUUCUGGCUGCUUUGUGGAACAUGCCCAUGACGAUGUUUGUAAUGGUCCUCUUUUACUUUCAGUGGAUAUAUCAAUGGGCCACUCUCCUAAAACUGAGCCUCUAGAGAAUACAUCCACUUCAAAAUUAUUAAAUGGGGAUGAGAUUCGAGAAAAAAGUAUGCUAUUACAUAAGCAACCCCUCUCUAAUUCUAUGCUUAAUAGUUACAUGGAAAAAAAGGUAGAUGAACUCUACAAACAGUUUUUGGAAGAAAAUCUUACCAGGUGCCUCUCUAUAACCAACCUCAUGGCCUCUAAUAUACUGAUGAAUAAUGUUAAUCAAAUUAGCCUUCAAAUCUCUCAAGAGCAGAACAUAGAGGCCUCCAAAGCCCGAGAAGCCCUCCUCCACUCUUUAGCACUCUAUAAUCUUCGUAAUGCUUCCCAUCGAAAUAGUACUGAAUUAAGCACACCUAACUUACAAAUAUCAAACCAGACUAGUCGGGAACUCGUGUGACAUCUGUAGUAGGAAUCAACUAAAUAUUGACUGAAUCAAAUAAGAGACCACAAUAACAACCGUAUUCUCUUGUUUUUUAUGCUUCAUUGAGUUUCCAUUGUGGUGGUGUUACUUUUUGGAGAAAUGAUUAUCUUUGUACAUCUGAAUUCUUGUAGGAGAUAAGUACAACUAAGAAUUAUGACCAUUUAUGUUUUCUUUCUGUUUUGACUCUUUUAGUAGUUAGCACAUUCAGGAUGGUAUGCUCUCGAUGUACUUAUUGUCACUAAGCUUUGUUUAUCACAAAAGUGGUAUGAGGAGUCCAUAAUUGUAAGCUACUUAAGAGGCCAUAGCAGCUGUAUCAGAAAUAUUUAGAGGCAUAUGACUAGUGUUUAGAUAACCUUCCACUUAUAUGUGGUAUAUAAGAUCACUUACAAGACAAGGAGAAUAGCCUGGGGGAUUUUGUUUUGUACGUUAUGUAUACCAUUAUCAUAUGUAAAUUGAGAGAAACUAUAGAAAGAAAAAUACAACUUGGCUGGUAUUGGUAAGAAAGGUAGAGGAAAGAUUAAAGAAAAAUGGAGAAUCUGUUGGUUCCAUUUGAAUUAAACUUGAUAUUUUGAACUCUCCUGACAGAAGGACUAACUCUGGUAAAGCACUGCUCUAUGCCUGGUUGUUUUGAAGGCUGGGAGGAAGGAAGGCACCUAAGUUGAGUGACUGAAGUGUAUAGCAAAGCACUAUCUACUUCUGAGAUUCUCUUGGCAAUGGUUUACACUAUUCAGAUUCUCUACAAUCAUGAUCUUGGCUUGAAAUGAAAGAAAAUGUGUAAAAUUUGAAAUUUAAACCAAAUCAAUACAAUACACUUUAUGUAAUGUUGUGUUUUAUUGCCAAAUUGGAAACAAGAUCUCAGGGCUAACAGUUCAUAUUUCUCCUAUGAAUAGUGAAAUGAUCAUUAUACACUAUUGCUUAUAAAAUACAGUGCUAUGGAUUUCUGUUAUUAAAGUUUUUUGAAUGUGUUA